UUGUGGGGAAAUAACGGAUCCCGGAUCCCGGAUGUGAGUGGUUAGUUUCCUUCUAAAGGCACACUUGCCUAGCAUACGUCUUACACCAGCACUUAUUUAUGUUUUAUUUUUCACUGUUGUGCGUCGUGUAAGUAAUAUGGGACGGCUGUCAAACGGCACGGUGCUGAGAAACAAAAAGAGAAGAGUGCAAAACGCCCCAGGACUUCAGCUUUGACCUCAAGUGGGUGCAGUUUAUUACACCAUGUUGGUGACAGCGUAUCUUGCCAUCAUUUUCCUGCUUGCCCUGUGUGCUGGCCUCGAACUCACAGCACGCCGCCUCACCCCACCCCAGUCCACACCAACUGCUGUAGCCAACCCUGUUUUCUGUCGCUUCCAGAGUGUAUUUCUCCGGGCAUACCUUUUGGCUUUGUGGGCAGACUGGCUCCAGGGUCCUUACCUCUACAAACUGUACCGCCACUACAGCUUCCUGGAAUCCCAAAUAGCAAUCUUGUAUGUGUGUGGCCUAGCCUCCUGUGUUCUGUUUGCUCCUUUUUCAGGCUGGCUCCCUCAAGUCUUGGGCCGCAGACAGACAUGUCUUCUCUUCUGCCUUUCCUACUCCGCUUGUUGUCUCACCAAGCUGUCCAGAGACUACUUUGUUUUGAUUGUGGGCCGGAUCCUGGGGGGCCUGUCCACAUCCCUGCUCACCACAACAUUUGAAGCCUGGUAUGUGCACCGCCAUGUAGAAGUCCACGAUUUUCCCAGGGAGUGGAUCCCAAGCACCUUCACCAAAGUCGCCACCUGGAACCAUGGGCUCGCUGUGGGAGCAGGGUUGGUGGCUAACUUGCUGGCUGAAUGGCUCCACUUGGGGCCGGUGGCUCCAUUUCUCCUAGCUGUCCCUUGCCUGGCAUGCUGUGGCUGGGUGGUGCUAACAGACUGGGGUAAAGAAGAGACUGAAGAAGCUCCUGAAGGAGACAAACAAACACUGCUUCUUGGGACUUUAAAUGGAGGUGUGACCCGUUUGUCUGCAAGGGCCCGGUUCUCACGCAGCUGCCAUGAUGGUUUGCGCUGCUUACUCUCAGACAAGAGAGUCAUGCUCCUGGGUGGCGUGCAGGCUCUGUUUGAAAGUGUCCUCUACAUUUUUGUUUUCCUCUGGACCCCGGUGCUGGACCCUCAUGGACCCCCUGUGGGAAUCGUAUUCUCUUGUCUGAUGGCUGCCAGCAUGGCCGGCUCCUUGCUGUACCGCCUAGCCACCUCCACGCGCUACCGGCUACAGCCUGGUCAUGUUCUCUGCCUGGCUGUGCUGAUGGCCUUCUUCUCCCUCUUCAUGCUGACCUUCUCCACCGCCCCAGGUCAGCCUAGACCUCAUGAAUCCUUUCUGGCCUUUCUGUUACUGGAGCUGGCCUGCGGCCUCUACUUCCCUGCAGUCAGCUUUCUCCAGGGCAGGGUGAUCCCAGAGGAGAAGAGGGCUGGUGUGCUGGCCUGGUUCCGACUUCCUCUGCACCUGCUGGCCUGCCUAGGGUUGCUGGCACUUCAUGGGGAGAUGUCAGGAACAGGUGGAGGGGAGGCUGGCAGCGGCACCAGACACAUGUUUGGAGGAUGUGCAGUCAUGAUGCUGGCAGCUUUGAUGGCAGUAGUCAGUCUGUUCACUUUGGGCAGAAACGACACAGACCUGAGAAUGGAAGGAACCAGAGGGGAGGGGGAGAUGUACUGAGUACACAGAACAUACAUUGAUUCAUGCUUGACUGAUUUCUGAUGUUUUGAAGAAACCUUUUAUGUUCCACUGGAGUAGUCAUAAGUCUGCAUUUUGCCAAAUGUAUUGAUGAAGUAAAUCUUUGUCCAAAGGAGAUGCUUUGUUAGAUUUAAAUUUAAAUUUCCAUUUUUGUCUGUCACAUCUACCUUCAUUUGUUAAGUGAAUUGCGGGAAGCUUUUUAAGCCAUGUCCAAAACUGUAUCAUUCCAUUCACCAUUCCAGAUAAGAGGUUGUUGCCUCCUUGUCUCCACAUAUAGGGAGGUGGAGUGAUGUGUUUGACAGGAUAUAAUUAAUAUCACUUGCCAGUGUCCCAUGAGGAUCAUAAUGUAGUCGGUCCAUCAUACCUUAACAAACGGAUAGAAAAGAUGUGAGUUUAAAGUCAAGAAAAAGUCAUGACUAACAUGUAGAGCAGAAUCUGAAUGUCAAUUUUCACAGUACUUCUUCUUUUCUAGCAUCUGUGUAUUUUUUAUUGGAAAGAGCAAACAGUAGGUCACUUUUAAUUUGAAUGCAUUUUCCACACUUGUAUACAGGAGUUUCUCUGUAUUGUCUUCAUAUUUCUCUGUUCUGAACACUUUCAAAUAAAAGUGUACAUAUUGUACAUAAGUCAUA